ACAAAUAGAGUGUUGUGAAACUGCGGAUGAGUUUUACAGUACCAUGGGCAAGCUGACCCAGGAGAUGCUGGAAGACAGUCUGAUUGACAGCAAUGAACUCAUGCAGACUGUUUAUACCAUGGCUCAGUUUCCCUUCCCACAACUGGCAGAAUUAAGGGAGAAAUACACAUACAACAUUACUCCUUUCCCUGCAUCAGUAAAACCGACUUCACUUUCAGGAAGGCUGGGCAGAACCAGAGACAGUGAUGAGGAGAAUGACCUAGAUGAUGAAGACUCAAUUGCCAAUGCAAUUGGCUGUCUUGGACCAUUAAGUGGAUUUUUAGCACCAGAGCUCCAGAAAUACCAAAAACAGAUGAAAGAUCAGAAUGAAGAACAAAGUCUGGGUUCCAGUAACAUUGCAGAAUUAAGUCCAGGAGCAAUAGACUCUUGCCGAAGCGAGUAUCACGCUGCUUUUAACAGCAUGAUGAUGGAGCGUAUGACCACUGAUAUUAAUGCACUGAAAAAGCAAUAUUCUAGGAUAAAGAAGAAGCAGCAGCAGCAGGUUCACCAUGUGUAUAUCAGACCAGGAUCUGAAGAUGACGAUCCUGGGAUUUUUUUAGGUCCCAGGGACCAGCUGAACAAUGAUAAAGGGCCAGUUACCAGCCUCCUCCCAUCUCAGGUAAACCAUUCCCCGGUGAUAAACCACCUCCUUUUAGGAAAGAAGAUGAAAUUGAAUAACAGAUCUCUCAAAAAUGCUGUUAUUCACAUCCCAAGUCAUGCCACAGGGAAGAUGUCUCCCAUUCCCCAAGAAGAUCUUAAAACAAAACUGAACUCUCCGUGGCGCACUCACAUUAGAGUUCAUCGAAAGAAUAUUGCUAGGGCCAAAGGCCAUCUGGGCUACGGGGAUACCAUAGGGCUAAUAGACGAGCAGGGCGAGAGCUGUAAAACAAACAGUCCUGGUGCGAAGGUGGAGAAUUCCAAACAUUCUGACUUUGGAGAAAGAGAAGGAGGUGGUUUGGAUGAUAGGACUACUCGAAAAGCUGACCCGCAGUCAUCUGAUCCAGUCUCUACGGACAGCAGCACAAGCAUGUCAGUGAUUCAGCUAAAACUGGAAGCACUAGAACUCGCCUCAGAUAACAAAACUGAUGCUGAGUCAACAUCCCAUCCGUCCUGCCAGCCACGAUUGUCCGAGUCCUCUAGUUCAUCCAUUGACAGUGGAAACCUGGCUAAAUCUCCUCAGCCUGGGAACCCAAAGCCACAAGUCUUCAAUCCUUUUCCCAGUGUCAAGCCUCUUCGAAAGUCAGCUACGGCCAGGAAUUUAGGGCUGUACGGCCCCACUGAAAGAACACCAACAGUACACUUCCCACAGAUGAGCAGGAGUUUCAGUAAGUCUGCCAGUGGCAACAGUGGGACCAGGAAACGAUGA